CAGGGUACCCUUGAAACUAGAUGGAAAUCCAGGACCCUCUACCUACUUUCUCAGUGCUCAGCUGUUGUGCUUUGGAAAUCAGAUGCUUGCUUAAUAAGUCUGCCUGUGAGCCAGUCUUUCAAAACUCAGUACUGAGAGGCUCCAUCUGGGAAAUGAGUGUUCUGUAACAGUCGGACCAACACUCUAUCCAUUGUGCAACCUCACUGGAAAAGCUGACAAGAGUAAUAGGAAAAAUUUCCCAAAGUAGAUGGUAUAAGAGCUGAGCUUUGAAGGAAGCAAAGUAGUGAGCAGAGAACUGUUAAAUCUGGAGAGAGAGAAGAUUGGAAAGAAAACAGAUAUCAAAUGAUUGGAAGAAUUGGCAUCUUUUUCUUGAAAUAAAUCAUCUCAAAAUCUCUGUGUAGCCUCCCUCCUGCUGCCAUUCCUAAAGAAGUAAUAGGAUCAAGUCCAUUGGGUAUUCGGUGUGAGAGAGACUAGAAGAGUGAACAAGAACCUGGUGCCAAGCCCCAAGUGGCCCCGUAAACAGGAAAUAUGGGCUGUGAUCGGAACUGUGGGCUCAUCACAGGUGCUGUCAUUGGUGGGGUACUGGCUGUACUGGGAGGAAUACUUAUGCCUGUUGGAGACAUGAUUAUUCAUAACACAAUUAAAAAGCAAUGUGUCAUUGAAGAAGGUACAAUUGCUUACAAAAAUUGGGUUAAAACAGGCACGGAAGUUUACAGACAGUUUUGGAUAUUUGAUGUGCAAAAUCCAGAGGAGGUGAUGAUUAAUAGUACCAAUAUUAAAGUUAAGCAAAGAGGCCCUUAUACAUACAGAGUCCGCUAUCUAGCCAAGGAAAAUCUAACUCACAAUGCAGACAACACAGUUUCUUUUUUGCAGCCCAAUGGUGCCAUCUUUGUACGUGAACUGUCAGUUGGAACAGAAAAUGACAGCUUUACUGUCCUCAAUCUUGCUGUUGCAGCUGCGCCCAUUCUGUAUCCAAAUACCUUUGUCCAGAUGUUAUUAAAUUCACUUAUCAAGAAGUCAAAAUCAUCUAUGUUCCAAGUCAGAACCUUAAAAGAAUUAUUGUGGGGCUAUACAGAUCCAUUCCUCAAGUUGGUUCCCAACCCUGUUGAUACGACAGUUGGACUAUUCUAUCCUUACAACAAUACAGCAGAUGGAGUUUACAAAGUCUACAGUGGAAAAGAUGACAUAAGCAAAGUUGCCAUAAUUGAUUCUUAUAAAGAUAGCAAGAAUCUCUCAUAUUGGACGGGUUACUGUAACAUGAUCAAUGGCACAGAUGCAGCCUCAUUUCCUCCUUUUGUGGAGAAGACCAGGAUACUGAGGUUCUUUUCCUCUGAUAUUUGCCGGUCAAUCUAUGCUGAAUUUGAAAGUGAGGUCAAUCUAAAAGGGAUCCCAGUCUACCGAUUUGUCCUUCCAUCCAAGGCAUUUGCAUCUCCUGUUGUAAAUCCAGAUAAUGAUUGCUUUUGUACGGAAAAAGUUAUCUCAAAGAACUGCACAUCAGCUGGUGUUCUGGACAUUAGCAGCUGCAAAGAAAAAAAGCCAGUGUACAUUUCACUUCCUCACUUUCUACAUGCAAGUCCUGAUGUGCCGGAACCUAUAGAUGGGUUAAAUCCAAAUGAAGAGGAGCAUCGGACAUACCUGGAUGUUGAACCAAUCACUGGAUUUACUUUGCAAUUUGCAAAAAGACUGCAGGUUAACAUGCUUGUUAAGCCAGCAAGAAAAAUUGAAACUUUAAAUAAACUGAAACGGAACUACCUUGUCCCAAUUAUUUGGCUUAAUGAGACUGGCACCAUCGGUGAUGAGAAAGCCGAAAUGUUCAGAAAACAAGUAACUGGCAAAAUAAGUCUCUUGGGUUUGGUAGAAAUGGUUUUACUCACCAUUGGUCUCGUGACUUUUGUUGCAUCCAUGAUUGCAUAUUGUGUAUGCAGGUCAAAGAAAAUAAAAUAAAUAGCAAGAAACACUUUGGAUAUAGAGCAUAGCUGUGUCAUGAUCAGGAUCUUCAGUAACAUUGGCUCAAAUAAUGCAGAUUUAACAUAGUUUGUGUUCACAGACUAUACUAAGGAGAUGCCGAGACAUUGAUCUUAAAUCUAACCAGCAAUAUUUUUUCUGAAGAACUAUUAUUUGGUUGCUAUUCCAUUAAAUAAAACACCAUAUGCCCCAUCAUACCUUUAAAAAUUCAUCAUGAUUAAUUUGGUUGUAAAAUCUAUACAAUGCAAUUAUGCAUAAGUAAAUUUCUCCUAUCUCUAGUACUAUCUGGUGAGAGAUUCAAGAUAAAAAUUGCAGUUUGCACAGGCCAUGAGGACUGAGAUUUCCAGUGUUCCAGGGUAAAAGAUCUAUGACCAAUCAUGUUGUCUGUAGUAAGUGGCAAUAAAAUCAACAUUUUUUUUUUAAUUUCUCAAAAGAUGUCAGUCCAACACAAUUAACCUGAAAGGCCAAUAGAAAUAAAUAAAUAUUGGAGCCACUGUUUCUCACUUAGCUCAUUAAGAAACAAAAUGGGUAUCAGCCAUUUUUUGCUCACAUGUAAUCCCUGUUCUUCUUGACCCUGUGCUUAUGAAAAUGAAAAACAUUCUAUCACCGGUCUUUUUAUUUUCAUGAAUAUGGACUUGGAUAUUUUUUCAAAACUUUUCAGUUGUUCAGAUAGCUUGUGAAUAUAGCCCUUCUUCCUUCUAUUCAUCCAAGACUUAAGAUUUAUUAUUGCAGAAUGUUGCAAUGUCAUCAGAUAUGAAUCAUAAGUGUUGUUUUCAUGGACUAUAGUCAAUGAUAGAAUUGUAUAUUAAUAAAGUUAUAUGUGACAUUACAACUGAGGAUUGCAUGGUAACUCCCAAAAGGACUGAUUUAAAAUUCAAAUGAUUUUGAUUAUUCCUCUUCUAUAUUAUCAUACUCCUCUAUUACUUCAUUUUCAUGUAGUGCAUAACUUUCUUUUUUGUUCUCCCAACAUAUGAAUAUUUUAAAAUGUCCUUUCUUUAUCCACAUUCUAAGAUUUGCUGAGAUUUAAUCAACAAUGUCUGAUUAUCCUUUAACUUGAUUUUUUUUUCUGAAGAAUUGGGGAAGAAAAGGCAGAAACAUGCUGAGUUUCUUCCCUGGUUCGCUUGUGAAAAAAUAGAAGUUGAGGUACUCUGGGUAGAGUUCCUCCAUCCACCACAGUGGUAGGGGCAGUUAAUGACCUGUUUCUUCUGUGAUCUUUGAUGACACCAGUGUAUGGUAGAAGAGAAGUUCACUUUUCUUGGAAAGAAGAGUACACCUCAUGUUUCUCGUAUAGAAAGAAGCAGCAAAAUCAUUAUGUAUUUUUAAGCCAAGUACAAAACCAAGAAAUGGAACGUUAAUCAUUUUUCAUAUUAAAAUUGGGAACAGAUUAGGAUCUAAAUAACUACUGUGGCACAUUUGAGGGAAAAUAUUCUUGAAGAAUUCAGAGAUCUAACCAAAUCAUUUAAUUGGAGAUAUGGAUGGAUAUCAGUGCGUUAAAUGAUUAACAGUUUAUUAUAAUGUACAAAAUCUAUUCUCAAAUAUUAACCAAUCAACAAGAUAACCAAAACCAUUAACUCGGAAGACAACACAUAUUCAUCCAACCCUCAAGAAAUCUCCUGAAAUGGAAACCUUUGUUUAAUUUUAUACUUAUCUAGAAGACAAAACAAAAACAAACAAACAAAAAUCCAUGUCUUCAUGUCUUAGGAAGACCCAGGAAUUAAAAAACUAGGCUAACACCAAUCCUGAAGUAAAUAGUACUUCCCAAAGCAAAUCUAGACAUGGGUUCAGCGGGGUAGCACUGCUAGAACUUAAUGACAUUCAUAAUGGAUGCUGACCCUGAUUCAAGCACUUGGAAAUCAGGGAAGGUACAUGGGGUGUUUUCUUUCCCUGUGUGCAUUGUUUAAAUAGAACUUUAAUUUUGUGGCACUCCUAUUAUAUUUUAGACAUUGCAUUUCAAUUUUUAAAAAUUUUAAUAUGACUAGAAAAGACAAAAUUCUCAUGCUAGAUGUAUUGAAAAGAUCUCAUAGUAAACAGAACACUAUUUCACCUUUAAAAAGACAAUAUAAAACAGACAAGGUCAUGUUUUUCAUAGAAAAAAAUGGGUGAAAUUUUUAUAGUUUUAUUUCUUGUGUGUUUGUGCGAAAAUAGUGGCUUUUUUUUCCCCAAAUGAAUGGCUAGUUUUCAAUGGGGUUAAAUGUUUGAGGAUUUGUAAUUGUAUGUGGGUGAAAUGCAUGGGGUUUUUAAUGCAAAACUAUUCAGUGACAGAAAAGCACAUUUCAUCCUUAACCUUAAUUACAAAAAAUCAUGAAAAUCCUUGGAAACUGGAUUUUGUGCAUAAAAAUUUGCCAUUUGAAAAACAUUUCAUUUUGCUGACAAAAUACAUGCUUCUUGCUGUUAAUAUGUGAACUGAGAAACCAAAAAGAAUGGUAUUGUGCUUGGAUUCUCAGAGAAAAUGUAUAUUAUAUAUAUAAAAUAUAUAUAUUUAGCACUGCUUGUGAAAGCAACAGAUGUAGUUAUAUAUAGCCUGUUUCUAUACUAAAAUUUAACUUUGUAAAAGGGCUGAAUGCUUGUUUAAAAGAUAUGUAUGUGUGCAAUAAUGUUUCAAUCAUUUUCUGUAUUUUUAAUUACCCAUGAUAAAUAUCUGACCUAUACACAAAACAUUGUUUUUCCAGUUGGAGUUUAAUUUGGAGGAUAUGAUAACCUAAUUUUCUAUUUGAAGUCAGAGCACCCAGAGCAGGAGCAGAGUAGUAAACAUUCUUCUUUCUUUCCCUCCUCAAAAACUAUGGAAAUCUUGGAUGUUUGGUACCAUCCUUAAUGCAUUCUGGAUGCUUUUGUAAUUUUUGUCUCUUUACCUAUGUAUUAACAGAAUUACAUUGCCCCUUCCCCCAUAGGUACCCUCACCCUUAUUUGUUUUUAAGGGUAACAGGACUAAUCAUUUCCAAAUGAGUUAAUAAUUUAUAUUUAUAAAGAAGAUACAGAAUAUUCUGUCUUUCAACUUCAUGGCCCCAAAAUAGCACCAUUUUGAAAUGUGUGAAAAUAAAUAAGCUAUUACUACAAAAA